CGAAAAAUUUAUUUUGAUGAAAGAAACAUGCGUGUAGUGAUUAUCAUUGACCAUUGAGUGUUCGUGAUACGUUAAAAUCACGUUUAUUAAUUUUUGAAAAAUUAAAUUUUGUGAUUUUGAAGUACUUAGGAUUUUUAAAUGUAAUAUUCUGUUCAGCUCAUUUGGGUUAUAUCUAGUAGAAAAUAUUUACUAUCAAUUUAAGAUAUGACCGCCUUUGUUUUUGUUUGAACGAAUGUUUUUAAUCUUAGAUUUGACUAAAAUAUAUAAAAUGACUUGGUCUAAAUUGGGAAUAGCAGCUGCGGUGUGUGGCAGUGUUGCUAUCGGGUACUGCAUUUAUUUUGACAGAAAAAGGAGAUCAGACCCAGAUUUCAAGAAGAAAUUGCGUGAAAAAAGAAAAGCUAGAUCGCAAGCUGAGAAGGCCGCUAAAUCUGCGCGUAAAUCACAAUUUCCUGACUUCAGGGAUCACGAAGCUGUGCAAACAUUCUUCUUGCAACAAAUUCAAUUGGGUGAAGAAUUGUUAGGCCAAGGAAAAAUCGACGAAUGUGUAGAGCACAUUGCUAAUGCGGUCAGUGUGUGUGGACAACCUCAACAGUUACUUAGUGUUUUGCAACAAACGCUUCCACCUACAGUGUUCGGUUUACUAUUAGAAAGAUUACCAGCUUCAGGCCAAAUUUGAAAAUUUAUUUAGAAAUUGCUUAAUCAUCAGAUGGGGAUGAAAGUGGAAGACGUUGACGUUGAAUAACAACUUGACACAAGCUGCAUUUUAGUUAUUCUUAGUGGAAAAAGAAAUAUUAUCUUAAUAUUAUCCUAAGGUUGAAAACACUUUUUUAUUGAAAUAAAAAUUAUUGUUUUAUAA